AGGGCGAGGUGGGGGGUUUCGGCUAAUUGGGUUUUGGUGUUGGCAGAUGAGCAGGGAGGAGCGCAUUCACCGAAUAAUUCACCGUCCUCCUCUCGCUUCUCUCGCAUUCUUUUCUACGCACCUGGGUUUGAAGGGGCUUUAUUUCCACAUAGUUUUCUGGGGUCAGUUAUCAUGGCGUCAAGAGCCUUCAGUCGGUUGGCUUUAUUGCGUACACUGGCUGCUUCUUCAAGUAGGGCUCUAAUUGUCCCCGCAACCUCAAGUUCCUUGCCGCAUCUUGUCCUUUCGAAGUCUACGUGGGAAGUACAGCCGUGGGGUGCGGCCUAUUAUCCGAAAAUUACACGAUUCUACAGCAGUGUAGGAGGGGACGAUGAAGAUAAGCGUAAACGAGUUUUAAACAGAAUAUUGUAUAGGAGCCGGCAGCGUGGCUAUUUGGAGCUCGACUUGCUACUUGGAAAGUGGGCAGAAGACAACAUCAACAAUUUGGACGAAAAUCGGUUACAAGAACUUGUUGAUUUGCUCGAGGGGGAGAAUCCGGAUUUGUGGAACUGGCUUACCGGACAAGCAGAAGUGCCCGCUGCACUUGCCGAGAAUUCGGUUUUUGCUGCAAUAAAGGGCCAAAUCGCAGAAAAUCUAAGCACAUAUUCUUCUCCCCAAACCAGGGCACAACCUGGAAAACCCUGGGUUCGAGGUUGGGAUGAUAAUCGCAAAAUUGGAGGUCCUCAGGCCGGGAAUCAGUGAUAUUUUGAAGUAGCAGAGGCUUUGUUUACGUCUGAGGUUCUCAGUCAUGUUUGACAGUAUAUCAUGAAAAUAAGACGUUGAGUGCUUUGGAGCAUUUAUAUGCCUGCCAUACUUUUGAAGGUAGAAGGUCGUUAAUUCUGUUUCCCGGUGAUUCACAUAUUUGGAAACAAAGUAAAUUCCAUUUUUCAUGUUCAACAAAAUGUUGAUAAAUACAUAAUUGUAUGUUGUUGUGAAUUAGUUGAUA